AUGGCAAUGGGCGAAUUACCGACGAUCCGCUGGGGCAUUAUUGCAACCGGCCUGAUAUCCUCAUGGUUUGUCGAGGACCUUGUUCUAGAAUGGCAAGGGUUGAAAGUGAAACAUAUCAUUCAAGCCAUUGGAUCCUCCAGUCUCCAGAAAGGCCAAGACUUUGCCGCAAAGUACUGUCCGAAGCAAACCCCUCAGAUAUACGAUAUUUACGGAAAGGUCUACCUCGACAACGAAGUGGACAUUGUUUAUAUUGGCACACCGCACGGAUAUCACUAUCGCGACUGCAUGGAAGCUAUCGCGGCCGGCAAGAACAUCCUAUGCGAGAAGUCAUUCACCCUAAACGCACGACAAGCACGAGAGAUCUUUGACGCUGCGCGGGCAAAAAACGUCUAUGUUGCGGAAGCAAUGUGGCUGCGUCAUCGACCCCUUUACCUUGAGCUGAAGCGGCUUCUGCACGAGGAGAAGGUGAUUGGCGAUGUGUUCCGGGCAAACUGUGAUUUCGCAUCAGACAUUGGUCUUGAGAAUCUGCCCGCUACAUCUCGCUAUCGUGAUCUAAGCCUGGGUGCUGGGUCAUUUCUUGAUAUUGGCGUCUAUUCUCUGACUUGGAUCAUGCUUGCGCUGAACGAUCGCCCGGCCGGUCAAGGGCAGAAGCCGCACAUCAUGGCUGCGCAAACCCAUGAGGAUGGUAUUGAGGUGACUACGAGUGCUAUCCUGCAAUAUCCUUCGACAAGCAGACAGGGCAUCGUGACCACUACCAACAAGUCAUCUGGCGCACCCGGUGAGGUUUUUGCAGCGAUCCACGGCACUGAGGGAUUUGUCGAGGUUGAAGGAAAAGCACCCUCGAUACCUGAGUCCUUUACGGUGUAUCCUAAGCAGAAGGGGGGAAGUGCAGAUAGAUGUUUCUUCAAGAGAGAAAUGUGGCAAGGUCAGAGACAUGAAUAUGCCCCUCUUGGACGUGGAUUUGUAUAUGAGGCACAGAACACGGCUUUGGAUGUUCUUGCCGGUCGGAAGGAGAGCAGUAUCAUGCCGUGGGCCGAGACACUCUACAUUAUGGAGAUCAUGGAUGAGAUUCGACGCCAAGGAAAGACGAUCUACCCGGGGGAGUAA